AUGAAGCAACAUGUUCUGGCGUCUCUCUUCUGCUUUUGCAGUAUUUUGAUAAUUGGAGCACUGGGAGGGUCUGACACAGCGAACAGAAAGAGACGGGAGUUUAUUGACAGCGGAGCACGCCUUCUUCAGCUGCAAAGCAAGGCAAACCACCACCUGUAUGAGGCACUUAGAGGACGACGAGAUACUCGCCACGAUGAAAAGGCGGGAGGGUGUAACAAUGACUACGGUGACGGUAGUGGUCAUCGGGAUGAUGACCGUGGGGAAAUAUGUCGCCAUCAAUGUACGCCAGGUAAAUUAACUAUUAGGAAGGAGUGGCGAUUCUUGUCCAAGGCAGAAAGACGGAAAUAUAUUGACGCUGUGUAUUGCCUCCAGUCGAAACCAUCAUUAUUUACACAGCAAGAAGCACCUGGCUCUAAAAAUCUUUUUGACUCGUUCGCAGCUGUCCAUAUUAACAAAACCCCAUUCAUCCAUGGAACUUUCAACUUCCUCGCCUGGCACCGAUACUUCGUCUGGGCAUACGAGAAGGCUCUUAGAGAAGAAUGUGGAUAUCAUGGGGCUAGUCCUUAUUGGGAGUGGGGAUACGAUGUCCAUGAUCCGGAAAAAUCUGCAGUGUUUGACGGUUCGGCCUAUAGCUUGGGGAGUAAUGGUGCUCCAUUAGCAGAUAGGGCACCAACAUACCGUCCGGCUCCUCCUCCGCCCUUGCCACAAACUGAGGGUCACGAUUUUCCGGCUGGAACUGGAGGAGGAUGCGUUAUGUACGGUCCGUUUUCAGACUUAACCACCAAUCUAGGCCCAGUUGCUAUGCCCGGAGGUGACCUAAAUAAUCCAUUGCGAUACAAUCCCAGAUGUUUGAUGCGUGAUAUGAACGCCUUCAUAGGCCAGCACUACACUGCUUUCAACUGGUCGACGUGGACUAUUGAAGAGAGUAAGGACAUAGAUGGGUUUCAAUCUCGUCUCGCUGGGCUACCGGGCAAUCAAGGCUCGAAACAUGAUCCGCUGAAUUUCUUUGGGGUGCAUGGUGGUGGACAUCUCUUUUUGGGUGGGAUGACUGGCCAACAUUCGGAUUUUUAUUCCAGCCCCCAAGAGCCAGCUUUCUUCCUACACCAUGGCCAGAUCGAUCGUCUCUGGUCCAUCUGGCAAUGGCUAGAUAUUAAGGAACGACGGGAUGCAAUUUAUGGCACACUUACGCUAGCCAAUAUACCUCCUACCAGAAAUGGAACUUUAGACGACAUCAUCGACGUGGGUCCGCUUGCACCGCCAGUGUCUGUGCGAGAGGUUAUGAGCACAAUUGAUGGACCGUUUUGUUACUUUUAUGAAUGA